GGAUCGGUGACACUUGUCUCACGCUUUCCAGGGGCAGGAGGGGCAGCCAUGCUCUUGUCGGGGGGUAGACCCCCAGCGCAGGAAUGGUUCAUGGUGCAGUCGAAAUCAAAACCUCGGGUGAACCGGCAGCGGCUCCAGGUCCAGCGCAUCUUCAGGGUCAAGGUGAAUGCCUUCCAGAGCCGCCCCGACACCCCCUACUUCUGGCUGCGGCUGGAGGGGCCUCAGGAGAAUACCGGCAAAGCCAAGGAAUAUCUGAAGGGUCUGUGCAGCCCAGAGCUGUGGAAGGAGGUCCGCUAUCCGCCGGUCCUGCACUGCGUCUUCCUUGGGGCACAAGGCUUGUUCCUGGACUGCCUCUGCUGGAGUACUCUGGCUUACCUGGUGCCUGGUCCCCCUGGGUCCCUGAUGGUGGGUGGGCUGACUGAGUCUUUCACCAUGACACAGAACUGGCUGGAGGAGCUGGUGGCCCGGCUGCGCUGGGGCCCUGCCCCUAUGGCCGCCCCCCGGGGGGGUUGGGAGACAGAGGUGACCCGGGCUUUUGGGGCCCUGGUGUGGAUCCGUGGUGACAAGUAUGCGGGAGACCUGCUGCAGCUCCCCCCCGCGGUCCAGGAGCUGCUCCUCAGCCUGGUUCGAGAUGCCGCUGGCAAGGAAGACAUCAUCCAGUGGCUCAGCCACUCUGGCAUCUCCAGUACCUGCUGCAUCCCGGAGGUGCUGAUCUUCCCUGGCCAGCAGCAGAGGGAAGGCUCAUCCCUGGUGACCAUAGGAGAGAGCCCUGGACCCUUCCUAGAGACAGGAACCUUCAAUCAGGCUUCAGAAAAUUCAGAGAGAUUAACUAGUGUGGGGGCAGCUGGAUCCCUGAUCCCAGCCCGGAGCCCUGAGCAGGAGACGGAAUGCCGGCUUGUACAGAUCUGUUCCGACAAGCAAGGUGAUGGGAACAGUGCUCAAGAGGAAGGGCCCGCUGUGCAGGCCGUCAGCAGCCAGGAGUCUGCAAGUCCCACACAAGCCCUCUUGCCGCAAAGGCAGGUACAGAGGAUGGAAGAGAGAAGAAUCUCGUUGCGGUCACCAGUGUCAGCUUUGAGUGUGUGUCCAUCCUGGAAGUCCCGGGCCCCGGGGCCAGCCUUUGGGCCAUUGUGGCCAGGGACCAUUGCUGCGACUUUCUGGAAGAUCAAUGAACUACAUUCCCUUCACCUGGCCUGGCUCCUAUCCCAGGCUUGCUUCAGUUUCCGGUUCUGGCAGAGACCCAUGGGCCCCAUUCAGCUGAGGCUGCCAGCACAGAGUCCUUUGCCCUUAAACCUGGAGUGGAAACAGAAAGAGCUGACUCCUCUCCCCAGCAUCGAAAACCAGCCUUGUAGAGAAGAUGGGGAGCUGGGAAGGGAGACAGCCCUAGAGCAUAACCCGAGGCCAGAGGACCCCCCAGGAACCAUCUGUUUAUCGGUGGUGCCAGCGGAUUGUGCUAUCAAAGAGGUUGUUAGCUCAGAGUUUCCAGAAGUAGGGCCAUCUUUGACAUCUAUACCCCAAGCUGCAGUCGAGCAGGAAGAUGAAAGAAGUGUGUUGUCAGAUUGUAGAGUUCUAGAAAAGUUGUCCUCUUCAGCACUGCCCACCGAGCAGAGGGGACCCGCAGCUCAAGAGAGGCCAGUGGCUCGAGCGGGGAUGACAGGCCAAUCAGUACCCAAAGCUCCGACCGUGUCUGAAACUCUUGAAAUGCCCGUGGCUACAGCAGUGUCCAAAGCUGAACACCCACCCACCAAGGAAAGGCUGCCUGCAGUUCCCAAAGGGCCUCCAGCCCUAAAGAAGUCAGCAGUGUACGCAGAGCCUACAGCUCCCACAAUGCCUUCGGCUCCACCCAAAUCAGCAGUUCCUGUGGCGCCCACAGCCCAAAAACCAACGGAGUGUCAACCAGCAGCUCCUGUGGCACCUACAGCCCCCAAAGCAGCAGCGGAUCAACCAGCAGCUCCUGUGGCGCCCACAGCCCCCAAAGCAGCGGCGGAUCAACCAGCAGCUCCUGUGGCGCCCACAGCCCCCAAAGCAGCAGCGGAUCAACCAGCAGCUCCUGUGGCACCUACAGCCCCCAAAGCAGCAGCGGAUCAACCAGCAGCUCCUGUGGCGCCCACAGCCCCCAAAGCAGCAGCGGAUCAACCUGCAGCUCCUGCGGCACUCACAACUCCCCAGACUCUUGCAGCUCAGAAAAUACCUUCAGUCAAAACACCUGCAGGCCCCCAAACCCCCAAAGUUCAAACUGGAAAUGCUGCUAAAGCAGGUUCUGCGACUCCCAAAACACCUUCGACCACCAAAGCACCUGGAGCUUCUAAAGCCUCCGGAGCAUCUAAAAAGUCUGCAGCCCCGAAGGGGUCCACGGUUGCAGGACCGGCCUCGGAUGUAGCCAAACUCCUGAGUGAGGCCCAGGCUUCAAAGAGCAGAGCUGCCACGCCGAAGGGCCAGGGAAAGGCUGGAAGGCAGGCUCUGCAGGCCGGUAGCACCGUGGCCUCCAGAAAUAAACAUCAGUUCCUGAAGGAAGGAAUCCUUGGGGCUUGGGAAGAAGCCCAGAGGCAGUCAUCUCACCACCCACAGGCCAGCAGCACAGUGACCAGCUUCCAGAGGUACCACGAGGCCUUGGACACACCCUUCGAGUUGAACUUGUCCGGGGAGCCUGGGAAUCCAGGGCUGCGGAGAGUGGUCAUCGAUGGUAGCAGCGUGGCCAUGGUGCACGGCCUCCAACACUUCUUCUCUUGUCGGGGCAUCGCCAUGGCGGUGCAGUAUUUCUGGAAUCGAGGACACCGAGAGGUCACUGUGUUUGUGCCCACCUGGCAACUGAAGAAGACCCGGAGGGUGAGAGAGAGCCACUUUCUGACGCAGCUCCACGCACUCAAGAUGCUUUCAAUCACUCCCUCCCAGCUGGAAAAUGGCAAGAAGAUCACCACCUAUGAUUACAGGUUCAUGGUAAAGCUGGCAGAGGAGACAGACGGAAUCAUCGUCACUAACGAGCAGAUUCACAUCCUAAUGAAUAAUUCCAAGAAAGUGAUGAUCAGAGAUCGCCUGCUGCCCUUCACCUUUGCGGGGAAUCUCUUCAUGGUACCAGAUGACCCCCUGGGCCGUGAUGGCCCCACCUUGGAUGAAUUUCUGAAGAAACCGAACAGGUUGGACAUGGACAUCGGCAAUUUCUUGAAGGUGUGGAAGACCCUUCCUCCCAGCUCAGCCAGUAUCUCUGAGUUGAGUGACGAUGCUGAUCCUGAGCCGUUGGUGGGUCCACAGAAUGUGAAAGCGGUCAGGGAGAAGAGGGAGGAAAGCCUGGAAGAGGAGCUGGUGGAGGAGCCAGAAAUAUCAAAGCCUGAUGAGCAAGAUGACCACGGCUCUUCCCUUGUGUCGGCGUUUGGAGUCGAAUGCCUUUCCUUUCCUGAGGAAAUCCUCCGGUGUCUCAGCCUGCAUGACCCCUCUGAGGGGGCUUUAGACAUUGACCUUCUGCCAGUGGUAUCCUCCCCCUACCUGGAUGUCCCCUGGGAUGGAAAGGCUCCCUCUCAACAAGUUCUUGCCCAGCUUGCUCAGCUCACCAUCCCUAGCAACUUCACCGCACUGUCUUUUUUUAUGGGCUUUAUGGAUUCCCACCGGGAUGCUAUUCCUGACUAUGAAGCCCUUGUGGGUCCCCUGCACAGCCUCUUCAAGCAGAAGCCAGACUGGCAGUGGAACCAGGAGCAUGAGAAGGCCUUCCUGGCCCUGAAACGGGCCUUAGUGUCCGCCCUCUGCCUGUCAACCCCCAACUCCCUUCUGCCCUUCUACCUGGAAGUGACCGUCAGCCAGGUGUCACUGACGGCCAUCCUGCAGCAGGAACACUCAGGAAGGAAGCACCCCAUCGCCUAUACCUCGAAACCUCUCCUCCCUGAUGAGGACAGUGAGGGCCCUCAGUCAGGGGGGGACAGCCCCUAUGCUGUGGCUUGGGCCCUCAAACACUUCUCCCGAUGCAUUGGAGACAACCCAGUGGUUCUGCGUCUUUCCUAUGCCUCCCGGACCACGGUGGACAAUGAGGCGUGGGAAAGCCGUAGGGUUUCCAAAGCCUGGUUGAUUCGAUGGUCUCUCUUGGUGCAGGACAAAGGCAAGCGGGAACUGGAAUUGGCCCUUCUCCAGGGCCUGCUGGGGGAAAACCAGCUGCUCACACCGGCUGCCUCGAUGCCUCGCGUUUUCCAGCUUCUGCCUCCUUCUACUGACCUGUCUACUUUUAUCUGCAUCCAUAUAUCCGGCUAUUGCUUCUACCGUGACGACGAGCUGUGUGUUGGCUUUGGUCUCUACGUCUUGUCUCCCACCAGCCCCCCGGUCUCCCUCACCUUUUCCUGUCCCCCUUAUACACUCACCUAUGCCCACCUGGCAGCUGUGGCCUGUGGCCUAGAGCGCUUUGGCCAGUCCCACCUGCCGGUGGUUUUCCUCACCCACUGCAACUGGAUCUUCAGCGUCCUCUGGGAGCUCCUGCCACUCUGGAAAGCCCGGGGCUUCCUCUCAUCUGACGGGGCUUCGCUACCCCAUCCAAGCUUGCUCUCCUAUAUUCUCUCUCUCGCUUCCGGCUUCUCAACCCUUCCCUUUAUCUACCGAAUCCCUUAUCGGGGCUCUCUGUUUGCUGUGACAGUGGAUACUUUGGCCAAGCAGGGUGCCCAAGGGGGCGGGCAGUGGUGGGAUUUGCCGAAGGAUGUGCCAGCGCCAGUGGUGACCCCCCAUACUAAAGGCAGGAAACCUAACUUGCUGGCCUUACAGCUGAGUGACGGCACCUUGGCUGAUGUCAUCACCAAGCUGCAGGCAGGGCAGAAAUUACCCGGGUCGUCGCCGUUCAGUUCCGCCUUUCAUUCCCUCAGCCUCGACAAAGACACUGGCCUGCUUAUGUUCAAGGGGGAAAAACAUCCCAGGGUCUGGGUAGUCCCAAGGCAACUUCGGAGGGAUCUGAUUUUUUCUGUGCAUGACAUCCCCUUGGGGGGGCACCAGAGGCCGGAGGAGACUUAUAAGAAGUUGCGGUUCCUGGGGUGGUGGCCUGGGAUGCAGGAGCAUGUGAGGGAUUACUGCAGGAGCUGUUUGUUUUGCAUUCCCCGAAAUCUCACAGGUGGUGAGUUGAAAGUAAUUGAGUCCCCGUGGCCUCUCAGGUCAACGGCUCCCUGGUCAAGUCUGCAGAUCGAGGUGGUGGGUCCGGUCACUGUGAGUGAGGAGGGUCAUAAGCACGUGCUCAUUGUGGCGGAUGCCAAUACCCGGUGGGUGGAGGCAUUCCCUCUGAAGCCCUAUACGCACAUGGCUGUGGCCCAGGUGUUACUGCAGCACGUGUUUGCAAGAUGGGGUGUGCCCCUAAGGCUGGAGGCAGCCCAAGGUCCCCAGUUUGCCCGGCAUGUCCUGGUGAGCUGUGGACUGGCCCUAGGAGCCCAGGUGACCACGCUGAGUAGGGCCCUCCAGUUCCCCUGUUUGAUGAGUUCAGAGGCCUACUGGGAGUUCAAGAGGGCCCUGAAGGAGUUCAUCUUCCUGCAUGGCAAAAAGUGGGCAAGCUCCCUUCCCUUACUGCACCUGGCCUUUAGGGCCUCCACCCCAGACGCCACCCCAUACCAGGUCCUGACUGGGGGGGAGGUGAGGCUGGCAGAGCCCUUGUGGUGGGAGAUGAGCAGCGCCAACGUGGAGGGGCUCAAGAUGGAUGCUUUCUUGCUGCGGCUGAUGCGGGAGCUGUUGGACCUCCACUGGCGGGUGGCAGAAAAUGCAAGUGAGAAAGCCGAGAAUAGACGUUUCAAGAGGGAGACCCAGGAGAAGGGGUGGCAUGUGGGCGACCAGGUCCUCUUGUUGUCUCUCCCCAAGAAUGGCAGCAGUGCCAAGUGGGUGGGUCCCUUCUACAUCGGGGACCGGUUGAGCCUAUCCCUCUACAGGGUGUGGGGUUUCCCGACCCCAGAGAAGCUGGGGUGUGUCUAUCCUAGCAGUCUAAUGAAGGGCUUUGUCAACAGUGACACAGCCCUGUCCCUCAGUGUGCCCCUCAACGACUUGGAGCAGUGAGGUAGAGCCAUCAAGGAGCUCUCUGCUCCAGGGGUCCUGGGUUUCUGCUGCUAGGCCUCCCCUCUGCUCUAAGAAAUGCUCUUAGCUCUUUGGGGCCCUUGGUUGUGCCUUUUGUGGAGAAGUUGCUUCAAAAAGCUUUGCUGAAUUGCCUUGACCUAGGGAUGAAUGUCCCUAUGGAAACAUCCCCAGCUUAGGGUUUUUGGAAACCUUGCCAAAGGUUGUCAUAUGUGGGCUCUGGCAGUUUUACACUUGGGAGCAGAAAGUCUCCUUACUAAAGUAGGCCAGGCUCACAGUCUUCCCCAAGUGCCGUCUUGUCCCUUCAUACACAUGCAGGCGUAUAUUGGUGUGUGCACCCCUUCCCCCAAUAUCUUAAACCUGGUAUACUUAAUAGCAUGAAUCUGAACCUCACAGUGGGUACCACCGCUCGCUCUCAUGUGAGGGCCUCCCCUUACACUGUGGGUUUGGUGAGCCUUUGCCCUUGGAGUUUUCAGUGGCACAGACACAUGCUGGCA